AUGAAGCUCUUAAAGUUAUCUGGUAUGGCGGUCGUUGCCAUGGCAUUCGAACCGCUUCGACUUGAUUUCACUGUUAGAAGAGGCAACAAUUUGAUUGAAGCUCAAGGACCCGGGGGUGUUGAACCUCCUAUGUUGCGGAAGCGGGAUUCAGCGGAAAUGGAGUUGACAAAUGCACAGACUUAUUACAUGUGCACUCUUAAGUUCGGGCUGAAUUCAGAUGAAGUCAAAGUUCUUGUCGAUACCGGUCUGUCGGAUCUUUGGGUGUCCUCUCAUGAUGUUAACUGCCUCGCACCGCUGACUCAAAAGCGGGACUAUCGGAAUUUUGAGGCAUUUCUUGAACGUCAACACAAGCGCGACGAGCCGCUGGGAACUACCGAUGAAAACACAGACCCCUCGAAGACAGAGAACAAGUGGAAUCCAUUUGCCUUCACCACAAUCUUUUAUCUGAAUGCACCUGCGACUGGUGAUGUUACUGGUUCUAGCGAUGGGUCUGGAGAAUGCACCAAAUUGGGAUCUUUCGCCACAGAACUGCUGAACCUGUGGAAGGUAAACCAAAGCGAACUGUUUUUUAUCCAAUACGCGGACGGCACCGCUGCAAAGGGGGUUUGGGGUACUGAUCGAGUUGGGUUUGAUCAAACUUUCGUCGACGGUUUAACGUUUGCAGUGGCAAAUAAAUCUUCUUCUGAUGUGGGGGUGCUUGGUAUCGGUCUUCAGGGACUUGAAUCAACCCUUAAUAAGUAUCUGAAUUUGCCGAUGAAGCUUAAGGAACAAGGAAAAAUUGCAAAAAACUUGUAUUCCUUGUAUCUUAACUCACAAGAUGCUAAGACAGGUUCCAUUUUGUUUGGUGGUGUUGAUCACGCUAAAUACGAGGGCGAUCUUUUAGCGUUGCCAAUCGUUUCUCUGGAAAAGUUGACCCAUCAAAUUAUUCGAUUGGAGGUUCCACUCUAUGGCAUCAACCUCGUUGGAAGCAAUAAUCAAAACAUCAGUGUUACUAACAACAAAUACCCGGCGUUGUUGGACUCAGGUACAACUUUAACUUACUUGCCUAAGGCCAUGGUUCAAACCAUUGCAAAUGCACUCAACGCUGACUAUUCUCAAAGAAACGGUGGUUAUAUGAUGGAAUGCAUCACGGACCUGAAUGCUUACCUUGACUUCGACUUCGCUGGGAAAGUCAUUCGUGUUCCCAUUACAGAUAUGCAAGUUGGCACGUCCAGCAGUAAAUAUUGCAUGUUAGGGAUCAUGACGCAAGACAGCGACUCGUCUUCCAAUCCUUAUCUUGUUUUGGGCGACAAUUUCUUGCGCAAUGCCUACAUCGUAUAUGAUUUGGAUGACAUGAUUAUAUCCAUGGCUCAAGUUAAGUUUACCGAUGAAGAGAAUAUCGAGGUAAUCACUAGUACCAUUUCCGGAUUGCAAACCGCCUCCGCUGUCACUCUGUUUGCUUCCCAAAUGGAAAAUACUCAAAAUGCCCAAUUGAGCACUGGAAGUAGUAGUCACAGUGGUUCUAGCUCCAGUGACAAGAAGAACAAUGCCAAAACGACUAGUGUUGGCAUUUCAUGUAUGUUGGGGUCGUUAAUGAUCUGUGGCAUGUUUUUGCUUUAG